AUGGCAACAGCAUUUCUCAUCUGGGCUACACUCAUAGUCGGCCUCUGUCGGGUCUGCUACCUCUCCUUCUCUAGGUUCAAAGACUACCGCAACGACUCUGCUGUUGCUUUGCAACAUGGCUGCCAGUUACCGCCCGAGCUGCCCAAAAAAUGGCCACUUGGAAUUGACCGCAUCAUAGACCUCUGGAAAACGAAUGCGGAAGGUCGACUUCUUGCAUAUCUCUGCAAGGUGGCAGAAGAUUACGAACCGGGCAAUAAUCUCACCCAGUAUCUGUUAUUUGGGCCGAGGGCUUUCCAUUUAUUGCAUCCCUCUAAUGUCGAGGCUGUUUUGUCCACAAAUUUCAAAGGUGACUGCCGUUUUACCAUGUCGAUGAGCACUUAG